AUGGUAACAUCCCUAAGUGAAGAUAAUGAAAGUGUAACUGUUGAAUGGAUUGAAAAUGGAGAUACUAAAGGCAAAGAGAUUGACUUGGAGAGCAUAUUUUCACUUAACCCAGAUCUUGCACCUGAUGAAGAUAUUGAACCUAGUCCAGAGACACCACCACCACCUGCUCAAUUAGCCAAAGUAAACAAAAUCGUGAAGACAAGACGAACUGUGGGACCUACUAAGAAUGACACCCCUGCCAGAGAUAACAGAGUGGUUGGUUCUGCACGUGCGCGACCUACUCAGCUUCCCGAGCAGACUUCCUCCUCUCAACAGAAUGGUAGUGUUUCAGAUAUAUCUCCAGUUCAAGCUGCAAAAAAGGAAUUUGGACCCCCUUCACGUAGAAAAUCUAAUUGUGUAAAAGAGGUUGAAAAAUUGCAAGAGAAACGUGAAAAAAGAAGGUUACAGCAGCAGGAACUUAGAGAAAAAAGAGCUCAGGAUGUUGAUGCUACAAACCCAAAUUAUGAAAUUAUGUGUAUGAUAAGAGAUUUCAGGGCAAGUUUGGAUUAUAGACCACUGACAACUGCAGAUCCUAUUGAUGAACACAGGAUAUGUGUUUGUGUCCGAAAACGUCCACUCAAUAAAAAAGAAACUUUAAUGAAAGACCUUGAUGUAAUAACAAUUCCUAGUAAAGAUGUUGUGAUGGUACAUGAACCAAAACAAAAAGUGGAUUUAACAAGGUACCUAGAAAACCAAACUUUUCGUUUUGAUUAUGCCUUUGAUGACACGGCUUCUAAUGAAAUGGUUUACAGGUUUACGGCUCGACCAUUAGUAGAGACCAUAUUUGAAAGGGGAAUGGCCACUUGUUUUGCAUAUGGGCAGACAGGUAGUGGAAAGACCCAUACUAUGGGUGGUGACUUUUCAGGAAAGAACCAAGAUUGUUCUAAUGGAAUAUAUGCACUUGCAGCUCGAGAUGUCUUUUUAAUGCUAAAGAAACCAAACUAUAAGAAGUUAGAGCUUCAAGUAUAUUCAACAUAUUUUGAGAUCUACAGUGGUAAGGUUUUUGACUUGUUGAACAGGAAGACAAAAUUAAGAGUGUUAGAAGAUGGUAAACAGCAAGUCCAAGUGGUGGGAUUACAUGAACGGGAAGUGAAAUGUGUUGAAGAUGUUCUUAAGCUUAUUGAAAUAGGCAACAGCUGCAGGACAUCUGGCCAAACAUCUGCAAAUGCACACUCAUCUCGAAGCCAUGCAGUGUUUCAGAUUAUUCUCAGAAGGAAAGGGAAAUUGCAUGGUAAAUUUUCUCUGAUUGAUUUGGCUGGCAAUGAAAGAGGAGCAGAUACUUCCAGUGCAGACAGGCAGACACGACUGGAAGGUGCGGAAAUUAACAAGAGCCUUUUAGCACUCAAG